CUAACGUGUUCAAGUUCACAUGCCAUCAUUCACCUUUGCUUCCGCGAUGAGCUGCACUGCGGGGACAAAAUGUAUUCGACACACCAAGCUGAUCGACUGGGACUUUCGCACACGGUUCAUCGAACACCGUAUACAGCAAAUCUAUGGAAAAACACGCAACUGCUCCAUAUCAACUGCUAGAGCGGAAAAAUACACGCGGAGAAAAUCGCUAUCCCUAAAACGGCUAUCCGACUUUUUACAUCAGCAGCUCACAGCGGAGCCUAAUUUUAAGAUGCGUCAUCUGGGUUCCAACAUGACUGCGCAUCAGGUUUACAGCAUGGUGCAGACACUGGUGCCACACACGAGGAUUUUGGAUUACUGUAUGCAAACACGCAAAAAUCACUUUCAUCCAACGCUGACGCUCAGCUAUUUGGCUGACUUGCCGCCAAUCUGCCUUGAAUGUGUCCCCAAGAACACCUUCGUCGAUUUGCUAGAUCAACUUUGUGCGACUCGACUCAUGCACAAACCGCCGUCCGUGUCUGGGUGGCCACAAAUGUCUGAUCUAAUGGGCUCCGUACUGAAAUCAACCUGGGAAUUCACAACAGUAACACAUGCACUGCGUGAACCCAAAGCAACUACGAAGCCUGGACUCGAUAAGUAUAACGAACGCCCCUAUAUUCCACCCUCUGUAAAAAAUGGUAGACAGCAAAGGAAGGGUAACUUGGUUAUCAACGUGACUCAGAGAGCAGGCCAGAAGGUAUUUACUGAACGGAAGAGUCGAAAGCUUGCCUCUACGAGUAAGAUCAAGAACAAGCCCAGGAUAACAGGUAACUCGCAACCACCGCUGCACCGGAAGCAGAAGCAACAACGAUCAUCUAUAAUCCUGUAUCGGUCGGCCCAAACUCCCAAAUCGGUGAGCUCAUUGGCUCUCGACACGUUACCUGCAUCAGAUGACGAUGCCACCACAGACGCGGUUGAAAGCUUAAUGGACCGCAAUGCAAAGCACCCAAGUUCAGCGCCAAUAGAGUCAGUCCAAGCGAGCUUAGGCAAGAAUGCAAUCUUACCAGUGUCGUUUAGGUACAAUGGAAAGAACUUCUUCGAGCAUCGAAAUAGCUUCGUUCGGUCAGCGACGACGAAACCAGUAUGUGAGAUUAUUGUUCCGAGCACGCAACGAAAAAAGUAUAUAAUCCGGCAGCUACUCAGCUGUGCUCUCCCGGCACAGCAAUAUCAUCCUCAGUUGCUUCGCAUGUCGCAAACCAUUAGUAAAGCAACGAAAGCUUCUUAUUUGCACAAGUCCCUCAGGGAAUAUAAUUCACGGCGCAUGAAGGUAAAUGGGUCACAGACAAAUACUUCGCGUUCUGCAUUCAGUAAUGUAAUGCAAAAAGCGACGGAGAAUGUGACUGAUAGGGUAGUAGGAAUAUCUCAAGAUGCAAACUCAGUCGGUGAUGAAGAUGUUCAGAAGUCGGAGUGGAACCUGGAGAGGAUUAUGGAUAAACCUCCGAAGCCACAUGUUCACAAAUCGAGGUCAUUACAAGUCGCACGGGAUCCUGCUAGGCUCCACAAAGAAGUUGUUGGGAAAAACAACUUCAGAUGGGGAACACCGCCAUCCAACACAUGCAGUAGGACGGAAAUGGCGGAAAGGAAAUCCAAAUCCACUUUAAAACCUUCGCUGACUAAACGCAAGGUUAUCGAGGAGAAGGCGACUCUGCUAGGAAGACGGAUAGAUUGCACCAGCCCAAUGACUCCACCCUACACACCAGUUUGGACAAGAAAUUAUGCGGACGAAGCACGCGAAAGCAGUUGCAAUUCUGCUGAUUAUUCCGCUUACUUGAGUAUAUAUUUACCGCAUCCGACACCUGAAGAGCACUGUGAGGCGGACUCUUCGACAAGCCAUCAGGUCAACCUAAGCCAUGAUGUCGGGUGGCGAGAGGAAGGCUCCUUAAGUACGGAGAGCAGUUUACACAAGCCCUGGGGACGUUGUCCGGUGAGAUGUGUUCGUUCAUGUAGGAGUGCACCAGCCAGUCCCACCAUGCCAAGAAACUUGUUGUGGUUUGAAGACGCUUAGAUGCCGAUGGUAUCAAAUGUGGAAGUACUCACACGUUAGCUAACUAUCGUAUGAUGGAUCCACUAUCCGUGGAUUCAUAGCGAAUUUCAAUACAGCAAUGUGGCUCAAAA